AUCAGGAUCAGUGAAGGAGAGCGGGGGAUGAUGGCAGGUGGGUCGGUGUUGAGGGCGCUGCUGCUGCACGUGCUGAUCUUCGGCUGGUAUGUUUUUACCCUCCGGGAGAACUGCGGCCUGGACUUCAAGGGGAGACACCCCGGAGUCCGGACCUACGGAGGCCGCUGGAAGUACCUCACCUUCCUCAACCUGGUGAUGCAGACGGUGUUUUUCGGAUUUUGUCUUUUCACUGAUUUAGUUCUCGCUGUUCUGCCGAGUAAGAACACCCGCAGCGGCGUUCCACUGUUCCUUAUUAAAGUUCGAGACGGGUUCUUCACCGUGCUGGCGUUUCCUGUGGGCACUUUUGUGUUCAUCUCCUUCUGGGCGCUCUACACCAUCGACCGGGAGCUGGUCUAUCCGAAGUAUUUAGAUGAACUGAUUCCUAUUUGGCUGAAUCAUGCUAUGCACACUGUAAUCCUGCCUCUGGUUCUGAUCCAGAUGUACAUUCAGCAUCACAGACACCCCAGUCGUCUCAAUGGGAUCCUCGGCUUGGCUCUGUUCGCUUCCCUAUAUCUAGCCUGGGUUUUAUGGGUGCAUCAUGUGUCGGGGCACUGGGUUUACCCCAUCAUGGCCCGGCUCAGUCCGGGAGGCUUGGUUCUGUUCCUGGGAGCUUCUUCACUCAGCAUGGCUCCACUGUACCUGCUGGGAGAGAAGCUGAACCGAACCAUCUGGAGUCAGACAGGGAAUCAGAAGAAAAAGAAAUAAAAGAACACAGGAACCCAGACUGACCAUCACCCGCUCAAAACCAGCAGGACCAGACUGUUUACUGGGGCGAGGAAUGAUGUAGCACUUUGCAGUAGUUUACUGUGGGAGGGGCUCAGGUAUUUUUAUGGCAGGACUCACUUUAACCUACAGACUACAGGAGUAUUCAGCAGCAGCAGCAGCAGUUUCUACACAUUAUUCACCACUACGUUCAUUUUCUUUUUUUUUUUGGUGAUCUGAAAUAAUUUGCACUUAUUACUAAUUAGAUCAGUAAUAGAUUUUGCAUUGCUAGUGUUACUGUAAUCUGUUUUUUUUUUUUAUUUUAAGAAGUUUAAUUCCAUAUGCUGUACUACCCCAUAAUGUACUGUUUAAUCACACUGAGGACCAUUUUUCUUUCUGUGCAAAAUAUGUUUGCAUGUAAAUUCAUUAAUGUGAUGGUUUUAUAAUGUAAAAUGGAUCUAUGCUGGAUUAUGUGAGAUGAUGAUGAAGGAUUUUAUUAAAAGGUGAAUCCCAUGAAAUUCUA